AUGUAUAAUGGAAGAACAGACUCUGUGGAGCAUGUUAGUUAUUUCAAUCAAAAGAUGGCUGUACAUUCCAAGAACGAGGCCUUGAUGUGCAAGGUAUUCCCAUCCAGCUUAGGGCCUGUAGCAAUGAGGUGGUUUGAUGGUCUGAGGGCAGGUUCCAUCGAUUCCUUCAAGGAACUCACUCAGGCGUUUGGAUCCCGUUUCAUUACGUGCAGCAGGGUUCCUCGACCUUUAGUUUCUUUAUUAUCCUUGUCCAUGAGAGAAGGAGGAACCUUGAAAACAUAUUCGGACAGAUAUUGGGAGAUGUUUAAUGAGAUAGAUGGUGAUUUUGAUGAUGUAGCUAUCAGCACUUUCAAGUUUGGCCUACCUGCCGAGCACAACUUAAGGAAGUCUUUGACUGGGAAACUUGUUAUCAGUAUCUGCCAGCUCAUGGAUCGGAUUGAUAAGUAUAAGAGGGUUGAAGAUGACUAG